CAUUGCCUUUGCCAUUUGACUUUUGUGUGCGAGAUGAGCAAGAUCACGCUUUGAUUGUGGAAAAUUGCGCCGCGUGUGAAGUGAAAAAAGCCGAAAAAAAUGUAUAUAUUUCAAGUAAUUUGAUAAUAGCCCGCUCCGCUUCAGGCGUACAGUUGUUGUAACACCAUCAGUAAAGUCGCAGACGUUCGGGAUACGGAAUUGUUUGCAAUUGGCGACAUUUGCACGACGAACCCCCGCCAGAAGUCAGGAUAACCCAGAGCGAAGGAUAUAGCCGCGUUUUCCGGUUUACAUAAUUGCGUGCGAAACGUAGAUAUCGCAAAUUGUGGUCAUCAUCCAGCGUUGACGGUGGUGUAACGUACCGUUUGCCAAAAUCAUCAUCACACCAGCAACAGUAACAACACAGCAUGGACGCAAUAGAGGAGCGCAAGGUUUACCGUCUGGUGCUGACGGGAGGACCGUGUGGUGGCAAAACGACCGGCCAAUCGAGGCUGUGUACGUUUUUCGAGAACCUCGGAUGGAAGGUUUUUCGCGUGCCUGAAACGGCCACAAUCCUACUCAGCGGUGGCAUCAAGUUCGCUGAUUUGGUUGCCGAAGAAGAUCGUAGCAAAAAGAAAGCACACGGGACCGGCCCAUCCGCAGGCACCGCCGUACGCCCGGCCACCGCCGAUUCCGCCCCCGAGCCGGCCGUCCUUAAGGAUGGCGUCCCGGAGCAUAGCGUUCUUGAUAUUGACAAAAUUACAACCUGUCCCCGGUGUAUGGCCGCCGCCGUCGGGAAAGUUGGUGAUGUGUACAAGUUUCAGGAAAACUUGCUUCGUACGAUGAUACAGAUCGAAAACACCUACUUCGAGCUGGGCAGGACGAGCAACAAAAACUGCUUGAUCAUCUGCGAUCGCGGUUUCAUGGAUGCCAGUGCAUAUAUCUCCAAAGAAAAGUGGGAUCGUAUGAUGCGUUCGAACAACUGGAAUCCGGUUGAGCUGCGCGAUAAUCGCUACAAUCAGAUCAUCCACAUGGUAUCGGCCGCGAACGGUGCGGAACAGUUCUACGCGACGGAGGAACAUUCGUGCCGCUCCGAAGGCGUCACAUUGGCACGCGAGCUCGAUUACAAGGCUGCAUCGGCGUGGAUCGGACAUCCGUACUUCGACGUGAUCGACAACUCUACCGACUUUGAGAACAAAGUGAACCGCAUGAUCGAGUGCGUGUGCCAGAAGCUCGGCAUCGAUAUCGGCGAUCGGUUAUCGAUCACCUCGCGGAAAGUCAAAUUCUUGGUUUCCGGACCAAUGCCCCCGGAUACGGCGUUCCCCGCGUUUCAGGACUUCGAGGUGGUGCAUCAUUACUUGCAGUGUGCUGGCCCACGGGUGCAGGCACGGCUGCGCAAGCGGGGCCAAAACGGUCGCUGGAGCUACAUCCACACGAUACGCCGACCCCAGCAGCAUGGUCAGUCGAUAGAGGUGCGCACGCAGCUGUCGCAUCGUGACUAUCUGAACAUGCUCACACAGCAGGACGAUGCGCACUUUACCAUCUACAAGAAGCGCCGCUGCUUCCUGGUCAACAACCAGUACUUCCAGAUGGACAUCUACAAGGACCCGAGCCAUCCGAGAUGCAAGGGACUGAUUCUGCUGGAAACGUACACCUCGCUGACCGGGGACAAGCUGAAGGCAAUUUUGCCGAAAUUCUUAAACAUCGUGAAGGAAGUCACCGGCCAGCCGGACUAUUCGAUGUUCAACCUGUCGCUCCGGGAGGACUGGAACAACACGAAGAAGUUCUGCUACUCGCUGCACGGUAAGAACACCUGUUGCCACCGAACGGCUGACAGUACUACCACCAAUACGAACACUACAUCCACCACCACUCCCACCAUUGCUACUGCCACCGCUACGACUGAUACGGGUGUAGAUAAAGCGGACGAAGCUAUCGGUGCUGCUACUGAGUAGGAUACUGGCAGGGGCGGGCAGAAUAACGACGCGUUUAGUUCCACCUGCUCUUACACACCCUCCCCACACUACUGUAGAAGACUGGCAUCGACCGGAAGAAUGUGGCAAAUCCCACCCCCUCCCCCUUGUGUAGCGUUUGUGUCCGUUUAUCUGUUAGCUACUGUUAACCUUUCCGUUUUAUUGGUGGACGAUUGGAGCGCUUGCCUGACUAAUAAUGUCUAACAGAUUUUUUUGCAGUCUAUUUUUUGUUGGUUUAUUGCCCCUCAUUCUUUCCUGUUCUAAUGUUCCAUUAUGUCUAAUCCAUGUGGUCCGUCUCUAUGUAUUGGUUGUCUGCAGUAGUCAUUUUUGCAUCAUACAAGCCUAGUAGAAAGUCUUCUCUAUACUAUUGUUCCUUAUUGGCUUUUAACUAUUUCUUUUGAUGUAAUACAUACAACUUUAAUUCUCACAAUACACUCACAUAUAAAGAGAAAAGCUCCUUUACGCAUGAUUGGUGAUACAGUUUCUGUUUCCAACUUGUCCCAAUAUACUUACAAAAUUAAUAUUAGGUAAUAAUCCGUAACCGUUUUUCUUUCAUUUGCUAAUGUGUGUGUGUGUGUGUGUGUUCCUUUCUGUCUUUCGUCGCAUUACUGAACCGAUGGCGUUGUGUUGCUACAAAUUCUAUUUCAGUUUCAAUUCCCUAAAAACACAAAAACCCCGAAUCAUCCACAAAUCAGACAAUUUCUAGCAAAAAACGUGAUACAAAAUUAAGCCAAAAUUUCACAACAAAAUUGUUUGUUUCUUUUCUCUCUUUUUUUCUCUCUUCUUUUCUUCCCCCGCAAAUGCCCACCCCCGCGUUUCUUCUUGGUCUGCGUUUUUUGUCUCUUUCUCUUUUCCUUCUCCUAAUGUUAGAUCAAGAUGAUGCCGACGUGAAAACGAAUGGUCACUCCCAGAAAAUGAUCAAUGGUAAAGCGUAGUAGUGUGUGAGCUAAGCGUGAUGCGCCUCCGGCGAAGUACACUUGCGUGCUUUUGUGCGCUCCAUCGUUCAGGAAUGAUUGUUGUAUAGAAAGAAAGGGUGGCAGAAAUGGAGACGUGAGUUCGAGAUGUUGGUGAGGUGUGGAGGUGUACACAGCUGCAGAGCGGUUUUCAAGGGAAAAGUGGUUAACGCAGCAUAUUAUUUCGUUUUUUGUGACUGAUAGUGAGUGGAGAACGUACAUGAAACUAAUGUUGAACCGUCACAAUCCGCAAGGACAUUUGAGCCUGAUUAGUUUAUGUUUCUUUCUUAUGUUUAUUCUAUUGAUUGUGCUUUAUUCGUUGUAAACACAACAGAGCGUGAGGCAGGAAUUUUUUUCUCUUCUGAAGCCGCAUACUAUUUUACGAUCUUCAACACUUUUUAUACUUUCUUGCUGCAAUAAGCGACGUUUCGGAGCAGUAUGCUAGACAUUAUUCUUCAUUCAACCAAAGUCUUAAAAUUAUCAACAGCGCGCAACAGAUGGAGCGUGUAUUUUAACGGCAAUAGCAUACUUAUGUAAAAAGGGAACGAAGUUCCAGAAACUCCGUGUGCAUAUCGUUUGAAAUUGUUUUAACCUUUGCUUUGUUGUCCAGCAAUAUGCAACUCAAUGCCAGUACUGAAAGCCAAUACCUUUUGCAAACUCCCUUUUAGGGGUACUUAACAACACAAACACUACCUCUACCGCACGCUAAAACAACGGUUUGCUUAUUCCUCUCGAAAAUAUGCCAUAUUACAAAUCAAUUCUAUCACUAAACCAAACUUUUACCAUCAUUUAAUUGUGGUCUUCAUUGUGGACAUCAGCAAACAAGAUCAUCGAUCCAGUUACGUUUUGCCGUCUGAUGGUCUGUUGCAAAAAGAGAGCGGCGGUAAUUUCGAAGACACUUUAGCGAACCUUUUCGAUUGAUACAAUCCUUGCAAGAUGCCAAUGUACUUAAAGCGAAAGUAGAAAAAACAACCUAAAAACACGUUUCGUCCAAUAGUCCAAAAACAUGAAACAAUUGCACCUGUGUGAUGGUUUUCGUUUCCAUAUUUAUUGCUCAAUCAGCAGCAGCUGCGUGAAAAAGAAAAUGUGCGGCAUUGUUGCAUUCGGCUGAACUUUUAAUUUCAUUUUACAAUAAACGAACCGAGCUAAUAGAUAGCCAAGAAUAUGGUUGGUGGCCAGGCGGAAGUAGUGCAAAGCAGCGUCGUGGUGGAACCAGCGAGGAACAAUUUUUGUCAAGGAAGGUUUUUAAUGUUGUAGCGAAGAGCAAACUGUGUAUAAAACCGCAUUGAACACAACCAACUAAUAAUGAUUGAUACCAGUGGCAAAUUAUUUUUGUGUCAAUAUACAUAACCCUUUUUUUAAAGGAGGGGAAAGAAAGAGAAGAAAACAAUAGCAAACCAAACCAAACCAAACAGUUUUCAUGGUGCGCAACCCGAUCGGUAGCAAUGUGUUUUGUACAUUAUCAGACAGCAGCGCGCCAACAUCCUAACAGAGCAACAACAUGGAACUAGAGGUAGAGAGAAAUCAGAGGAAAAGUCAAACAUAUGUGUGGAAGAGCACGUUUGGCAAACACACACUGUAAUGAAAAUUCAGGAGCAAAAGUAAGAGAAGAAAAAAAAAACUGUUACUGAUGUAUUUUAUAUUAAAAUGUAAAACAGUCCUGUAAAGCAAACCUCUCUGUCCUCUCUGAUGGAAAACUUAGCAGCAAGCAAAGCUAUAUUUGUCAGAGAAUCCUAUGAAAAUGAUGAAUAUUGAUGGUAUUAAAACGAUUAAUAAAUCAUACGCAGUUCUACUAGCAA